UUAUGUUAGCAGUUGUUCUCAGGCUGUUUCCCUCUUCACACUGAAACUGCAGGUUAGCUGAUCAGCUGUUCAGUAUGAAGCUGCUAAACCUGUUUUAUCUGUCUAUCUAUCUAUCAGUACUUGUCUCCCAUGCUUCCGCAGAGGAGAGUAGAUCAGAAGAACUGACAGAUGCAACAGCUGAUGUAACUUUUGCAGAAAAAACUGCUGAAGAGGAAACUAAUUCUGAAGAAAUCAUAGUACCUGAAGAUAUCAAUGAGGUUGAAGCUGAAACAGUUCAGCCAUUAGAGAAGGUUGAUGAAACUGAGGUUGCUGAGACCGAUGAAGUUUUAGAGAUCAAUGAUUCCUCUGAAAAUUCUCCAGCAGAUCAGGAGGGCGUCACUACUGCCAGCGUUGAUACUAUUUUAGGAACAAUCACAGGAACAAAACAAAAGACAGAUGAUGGUCAUACACUCUAUGCUUUCCUGGGAAUACCCUUUGCACAACCUCCAACUGGAUCAAGAAGGUUUAAACCUCCAAUACCUGUAACUGCCUUUGAGAAUUAUGAUGCAACAUAUUUCAGGAGUGAAUGCCUACAAAUUCCCUUCUACGGUCCUAAGCGUGGUAGUGUUGCUGGAAAUGAGGAUUGUCUCUACUUGAACAUAUUUACAUCAUCCUUGACUACUACCAAGGAGGCGCUGAAACCUGUAAUGGUUUGGAUUCACGGGGGAGGAUUCCAAUCAGGGUCUGCAAUUGAAUAUGUUCCUGUGCCUCUGACCAACAAGGAUGUUUUGGUUGUGACAAUCAAUUAUCGAAUGUCUGGUUUUGGAUUUCUGACCUUUGGUAAUGAAAUAGUGAGUGGAAAUAUGGGGCUGAGGGAUCAAAUCGAGGCACUGAAAUGGGUGAAAAGGUUUAUCAACAGUUUUGGAGGAGAUCCAAACAAAAUUACUAUAUUUGGUCAUAGCUCUGGAGCUAAUAGUGUCUCAGCUUUGCAGCUUUCACCUCAGGCCACUGGUCUUUUUUCAGCAGCUAUCACACAGAGUGGAAACAUGCUCCAGAGACACAUAAAACCAGAGUCUGCCAAAGAAGAACGAAAUGCAAAGCAGCUGGCUGAAAAAUUUAACUGUAAAAGUAUUAACUAUGAUGAAGAAAUGCUUGAAUGUCUGCAAUCUAUAGAUGCUACAGUAUUCCUAGUUAACUCACAAUAUGUUGGACCUGUCAGUGCAAGUUCUUUAGAGGACACAGAACGGAGCAUGUGGGCUCCAGUAGUGGAUGCAUACAGCCCAGAUCCAAUACUGCCCCUGGAUCCUCUCCAUGCCAUGAAGGUUGGUGCUUAUAACAAGGUUCCUAUGAUAUCAGGAACUGUAUUAAACGAAGGCGGGGUUCCUGUAAUGGCGCUACUAGGUCCAAUCCCUGAUAAAGAACAAACCUGGUCUGAUAUUGGAGCUCAACAAAUGCAAAUCACUGCAAGUGGAAACAUGACAGAAACCUCAGAGAAUGAAAUAUUCCUGAAGAAUAUGGCAACAAAGUACUAUACUGGAGAAAUAUUUGAUCUACGUAUUUCAGGAGAAGGUUGGAUGAAUCUGUUCACAGACAUCAUGUUCCUAAGUCCAGAUCAAAAGAUGAUGGAAAUUCUUUCUGAAGCUAAAGUUCCUGUUUAUAACUACCUGUUUAGCUUUGUAGGAGAGAAUACAGUAGCAGAAUGGUAUGGAGCUCCAGACAACAGUUUGUCUCCAGUUCAUGGUGAUGAUACGCUCCACUUCUUUCAGUCAAUUGGAGGUGUGAAGAUACAAACUGAAGAAGAGAAAAGACUGUCUGAAAAGAUGACCAGCUACUGGACAAACUUUGCUAAGUAUGGAAAUCCUUCUCCAUUCAUGUAUGAUGAUCUUCCGCAAUGGAAACCCUAUUCUGAUAAAAAGAGAUAUCUGGAGUUAAACACCAAGCCGGAGAUGAAGUCAAGAGUUGCGCCUGAGCGAAUGCUUUUCUGGCAAAGACUGCUGUGGGAUCAAAAGGAGAACGAAAUAGAGAAAUGGGGACUCUAUCAACAUUUUUCUAAUCUUCUCAUCAUAGGAUCUAGACCAAAAUAUUAAUAUAAAGUUUGAGUAGUUGACUGGAGCACUGAGGAAGCCCAAGCUACAUAAGUGGUCGGGAUUCAGCCAGUUUGUACAAGAAUCUCUACACAGUUACCCUCCAUGCAAAGAGGGUAAUGCUCAAUUCACAAUUGUACCCUCGAAAUCUUUAUCUGAUCAAUACUAUGGAAGACAUUGACGUUUUUAUCACUUUUGUAAGAAAACAACUUAAAACACUCUUCAAUAAAUCUUACUUUUUCUUCG